CAUUAGAACAAUCAUUGUGUACACAUUAACAAUCAUUUGCACGUCCUAUUCCCUACACGUUUAAAACUCUAUAAAAUUUAAGCGUCGAACCUUAAAUCCAAACUAUCUAUAUUUAUUUUAUUUUUCCUAUUUAGUAAACAUCUACUCUCAUCUUUCUUAUACCCUCCCUCGAAAGUGGUGCGCUCGUAUAUUUAGAAAGAAUAAUAUAGCGGAGAUUUAUACCGAUAAAUAAACCGUCAGCUAUGCAGCUUGUUGGAUCAAAGGCGUCGCAACGCCUAGAUGAGAUAGGCGAAGGGAGCGUCACUCUGCUUCCUGUAGAGCCGGAAGACAUGUGGCACGCAAACAAUCUAAUAGGACCCCAAGAUGUCGUCAAGGCGCAUGCGAUCCGAAAAGUGACGACAGAAACAAAGACGGGAAGUACAAUUUCAGAGAGGGUACAUACCGAUCUUACGAUACGAGUCACUUCGACCUUCUUCGACCCAGGCGCAUCGCAAUUACAUGUAUCAGGCACUGUGAUCGUCGAGAACAACUUUGUCAGCCUCGGGCAGUACCACACGCUUGACCUCGAGCUGAACCGGCCCUUCACCUUAUGGAAAAACUACGGUUGGGAUUCGGUAGCAAAAGAAACGCUCGCAGAUGCGCUGAAACAGGACAAGGAGGGCGCCGUGGCGGCUGUUGUGAUGCAGGAAGGCAUCGCGAAUAUCUGCCUGAUCACCGAAUACCGUACCAUACUCAAACAAAGGGUAGAUAGUACGAUACCUAAGAAGAGGUCGAGUAGUUCAGAACAGGACUCGGGAAUGAAGCGAUUCUUCGAAAAGACCUUGAGCACCUUAAUGCGCAGCAUAGAUUUCUCGGUCCCUCGACCGCUACUACUUGCUAGUCCCGGGUUUGUCGCGGGAGAUUUUAAAAAGUACAUAUCGGAUGAAGGUGCCCGAAGGGCUGACAAAACAAUGAUGGCUAUGGCUAAAGGGGCGACGGUAGUACAUUCAAGUUCUGGGCACCUGCACAGCCUGAACGAGAUACUCAAAAGUUCCGAGGUCAUGGCAACUAUGAAGGACAUGAAGUUCUCUAAGGAGACAAGAUUUAUGGACGAUUUCUUUGACAAGUUACGAAAAGAUGAUGGCCGAGCCUGGUACGGUACGGCACCGGUUGAGAAAGCCGUCCGGGAAGGUGCCGUUGGUAGAGGAGGUGGUAUCUUGUUGAUCAAUAAUUCACUAUUCCGAAGUAUGGAUAUCGCGACAAGAAGAAGAUACGUGGCCAUGGUUGAUAAGGUAAAAGAGGACGGAGGAGAGGCUAGGAUACUUAGCAGUGAUCACGAGAGCGGGCAACGAUUAGAUGCUUUAGGAGGCAUCGCUGCUAUACUUACAUACCCUAUGCUAGAUCUAGACGAAGACGACGAAGCAGCUGCCGAUGGAAAUGCUGAGACGGAGAACAUGAUAAUAUGAAUUCUUUUCUACUUACCUCCCUAAUUAAAUUGCCACUUGAAGCAAUAUCUUGCUAGGUUUGCUACGUUAAUUAUUGUGUUCUAUACGUGACCUCUUCAUGUAGUUUGAUUAAACAACUAAGUGGGUGAUGUAUGGAAAUUAUAUAUUACGUGAAUUUGGUUGGAGG